CUGUUCUCCUCAGUUAUCUAUGUGUGUGGGUAAUGGUGUUGCUCUGUUCUCCUCAGUUAUCUAUGUGUGUGGGUAAUGGUCUUGCUCUGUUCUCCUCAGUUAUCUAUGUGUGUGGCCCUCUGGAGAUGUUACAUAAGAUCAUGCUUCAGGCCCACAAGGAGAAGCUGACGGACGGUGACUACAUCUUCUUCUAUGUGGAUGUCUUCGGGGAAAGUCUGCGCUCAGACGGAAGCCGGGAUGCCAAUAAGCCGUGGCAGACCAACCACACCCACGAGGAGGAGCUGAAGGAGGCCUUCAAGACAGUGCUGGUCAUCUCCUACCACGAGCCACAAAAUCCUGAAUAUCGCAUCUUCCAGAAGAAUCUCAUCCAACGCAGCAAGGAGGAAUUUGGGGUGACCCUCAACUAUUCUUUGAAAAACCUGAUUGCGGGCUGCUUCUAUGACGGGGUGCUGCUGUACGCCCACGCCCUGAAUGAGACCCUUCAAGAAGGCGGAUCGCAGAAAGACGGGAUCCGGAUCGUACAGAAGAUUCAGGAUCGCACCAUGCAGGGUAUCACUGGCACAGUCAGCAUGGACAAGACCAAUGACCGGAACACGGACUUUGACCUCUGGGCGAUGGCCGACCAUGACAGUGGUCGUUUCCAGAUCGUUGGUCAUUAUGAAGGGAUAACAAAGCAGAUUAACUGGACCGGGCCCCCCAUCCUGUGGCUGAAGGGGGCCCCACCAUUGGACAGCCCGCCGUGUGUGUUUGACACAGAUGACCCGAGCUGUGUGAAGACUCCGCUCUCCACCCUGGCCAUGGUGGCGCUGGGCGCCGGGCUCACCCUACUCAUCUUUGGGAUGGCCAGUAUCAUCAUAAUGAGGAAGCUGAUGUUGGAGAAGGAACUGGCCAGCAUGCUGUGGAGGAUCAGAUGGGAGGAGCUUCAGUUUGGAAAUUCUGAGCGAUAUCACAAAUAUGCCGGGAGCCGCCUGACCCUAUCACUAAGAGGCUCCAGUUAUGGUUCUCUGAUGACCGCUCAUGGGAAAUAUCAAAUCUUCGCCAAUACCGGACACUUCAAGGGAAAUGUGGUGGCCGUUAAACACGUCAAUAGGAAACGCAUUGAGCUGACCAGACAAGUUCUGUUUGAGCUUAAACAUAUGAGGGACGUUCAGUUCAAUCACUUAACCCGUUUCCUGGGGGCUUGUAUAGACGCUCCGAACAUUUGUAUUGUCACCGAGUAUUGUCCCAGGGGAAGCCUACAGGACAUAUUGGAGAAUGACAGCAUCAACCUGGACUGGAUGUUCCGGAAUUCUCUCAUCAAUGACAUUGUAAAGGGAAUGUGUUUCCUGCACCGCAGCAUCAUCACCACCCACGGGAACCUCAAAUCCUCCAACUGUGUGGUGGACAGCCGAUUCGUAUUGAAGAUCACCGACUAUGGACUGGCCAGCUUCCGAUCCUGCUGUGAUGCAGACGAUGUCUAUGCCUUGUAUGCCAAGAAGCUGUGGACGGCUCCGGAGCUCCUGCGAAUGAACAGACCCCCUUCUCAGGGCACACAGAAGGGCGAUGUCUACAGCUUCGGGAUCAUACUGCAGGAGAUCGCCCUAAGGAACGGGGCCUUCUACAUCCAGGGCAUGGACCUCAGCCCCAAGGAGAUUGUCCAGAAGGUCCGCAAUGGCCAGCGCCCAUUCUUUCGGCCCACGGUGGACACUAGCUGUCACAGCGAGGAGUUAGGUAUCCUUAUGGACCGAUGUUGGGCGGAGGAGCCCCUGGACCGUCCAGACUUUAACCAGAUUAAGAUGUACAUCUGCAAGUUCAACAAGGAGUGGACAACCAGCAUCCUGGAUAACUUGCUGUCCCGUAUGGAGCAAUACGCCAACAAUCUGGAGAAGUUGGUGGAGGAGAGGACACAGGCCUACCUGGAGGAGAAGCGUAAAGCCGAAAACCUGCUCUACCAGAUCCUGCCACACUCGGUGGCGGAGCAGUUGAAGAGAGGAGAGACGGUCCAGGCUGAGGCCUUUGAUAGCGUCACCAUUUAUUUCAGUGACAUUGUGGGGUUCACCUCCAUGUCUGCAGAGAGCACCCCAAUGCAGGUGGUGACGUUACUCAAUGACCUCUACACCUGCUUUGAUGCCAUAAUAGACAACUUUGACGUUUACAAGGUGGAGACCAUCGGAGACGCCUAUAUGGUGGUGUCGGGGUUACCGGUACGGAACGGGAAAUUACACGCACGAGAAAUUGCUAGAAUGUCGCUCGCACUUCUGGACACUGUAAGAACAUUCAAAAUCCGUCACAGACCGAGCACACAGCUCCGCCUCCGAAUAGGAAUACACACAGGUCCGGUGUGUGCGGGGGUGGUCGGUCUGAAGAUGCCACGGUAUUGUCUGUUUGGAGAUACGGUGAAUACGGCAUCACGGAUGGAGUCCAAUGGAGAAGCUCUGAAAAUCCACAUUUCUUCAGCCACCAAAGAAGUCUUAGAUGAAUUGAAUUGCUUUCAACUGGAACUUCGGGGAGAUAUAGAAAUGAAGGGUAAAGGGAAGAUGAGGACCUUCUGGCUUCUGGGGGAAAUGACAGAAGACGACAUUAUCUGAGACUCUCUGGUUCUCUAUCAGGCCGGCCGAGUCCUGACUAAUGUGGGGACUUACCUCGGAGCCCUUCAUCGCUGCUCGGCCCGGAGUACAUUGAUUCCAGAUGCCUCCCUGGUUGGAGCCCCAGGCACCGACCCUUACUUCUCUUUUCUCUGGGAACGAGUCAUUAAGCACCAGCUAAUUGGCCAAUUCCUGACCUAUCACGUGGUCAGAUGGCCCCAAUCAGAUAAGAGGGCUUGUAAAGCCGCCAACGUUGCAGGAGGCGAUGCAGGGCCAGGAAUACGAAGGCGAAGGGUCCUUCUAAUCUUAGACCUUCGGCUUGCUGAACUUCAUGAUGGAAAAGUUUGAGUAGAAAUGGAUCCUAGCUUCCAAUUUGCCGCCACUUCACCGGUGGGGAGGUCGGUCUUUUCUGUGGACGCCGCCCGGAUCUCCACCGUCCAUACCAAUUCUUAUCACCACCUUCUCAAUCCCUUCCCAUUCCCACCACAAGGGACAGCCAAGAAUUGCACCGGGACUGAGAUAAGGACUGCCCCCCCCCCCAGUGCAGGCGACGCGGCACAGCGAAGAUCGAUGCGGAAGAAUUAUCACUUGAUCAUAAUAGAGGGCGGAGACUCGGAUAAACCUCACAAGGCGUAGAGCGUCUCCCUGCCAUCAGCAAGGUGUAUAUUAUGUGAAUAGUGGCAGUUGUACUGAGUCCGUGGCACAUUCAGCCUUAAAUAAAGAAAAUUACAUCCUAAAA